AUGACUGUAGAGAUUCAGAUGUCUUCCGAGAACUGUUCGCGUAACGAGAGUUACGACUUUGCUCGCUAUGCAGUCAUUGUCUACAUCGGUACUCCGAUCGCUCUGGCUGGAGUCGUCUGCAACUGCAUACCUCCUGAUCUGCUGAUGGAUUUGCUCUACAUUCCAUUUUUCACCGUCGACGCACUUGCAAUCUAUCAUCAAAACGAGUUCCUCUACCAUAUAUGGCACGUGUACGCGAUGCUGGUCUUCGGUACGAGUCGAAUGGUUCAAUUUGCCUCGACAUACAUGGUGCUAUGUGCAACAAUGGAACGAUUCAUUGUCGUGGCUGAAAUUCAUUCGCUCCAAUCGCUAGUGAGGGAAAACGGUCGUUACCUCACUAUAGGUGUGGUCAUUGUUUGUGUUCUGGGACUUCGAGUGCCGGCCUUUUUCGAGUACGUGAUCGCUUUCCGGCCGGAGUGCCCAAUCUAUAUGGUUCUGCACGUAUUCGUGCCUUUUGCCAUUCUGGUGAUUCUGAAUAUUUCGAUAGUCGCGCUCACGAAGCGAAAGCUCCAUGGAGUCAGCUGGGCAAUGACCACACUCAUCGAUAUGCCAAAAGUGACGGAGCUGAUUCGGAAAGGUUAG